AUGGCGGACGCCACAUGCAACGCCAAACGCAGCAACGAGGGAGCCGACACUCUAUCAAGACUUAACGCUAUAUUCAAUGCCUUCUGGGGAAAAAUGGCAAGCAGGGAGAGGCAAGCAGAGAUGGAGGCAUUCUCACACACAGAAACGAUUGCACAGCCCACCUACAGAAGAGCAGCCAUACCGCCGAAAGGAGCUCAGAGACGGCACCAUAGAAGGAGGCCUUUCCUGCCAAAAAUGAAAUCCAGGCGGCCGCACCGCACAUCACGACAGGACCCCCUUCAGCUCAACACCUCACCGACAGCAGCCAGGAAGCCGGUCGGAGAUCACCAUUCCUCACUGCACCAAACCCGGAUGCCGGUGAAGGGGCCCCAACAGACCUCACUAGACGCAUCAUCUUCCAUCGCACCUCACACAGGUCCUCGCAGCAACAGACGGAAGGGCUCAAUACUGGGACUUUCACAACUGGACUCUGUGUCAACCCGGCGGGAUAUCGGCUAG